UUAUUUUGAUAGACAAACAAAACAACCUGACAAGGAAAUCACAUAGCUAAAGCCAAAAACAGUUUCAAGCGCUGUAAAUCAACGCACCUUCUCCCCAUUUCAACUCCCUUUUCUGCUUGGUACCCAAAUGCCUUUAGGGAACCUUGCCGUUUCUGCAUGUCAUCCAGAUAUAAGAAAAAAUGACUGUGCUACUUGAAAUUUAAGCUAUUUAGGACACUGAACUUUUUGCCUUGUCUCUCGUAGCUUAAGUAAGUUUGAUUUUCUAGUGCUGCCCUUAAAAUGGCGACUGCUACAUUUCCUUAUUUUACACCUUCGGAUAGUAGAUCAAUGGGGGUACUUAAUGUUCUUGGAGGGAGAGUGUUAAUGGAGAAUCCUUUAGGGAGAUUUAGCUGCCUUAAAAUAUACGAGGGAAAAAGUGGGUUUUCUAGUGCCAGCCAAAAGUCUACCAUGCCAAGUUUUAGAUGUUCUGCCAACCCUCGCAGUGUCAGUCACUACCAAAAUAAAGAUCCUUUUCUGAAUCUGCAUCCUGAAGUUUCAAUGCUUAGAGGUGAAGGGAACAAUACAGUAACCAACCCAAGAAAGGAUAGCACUAGUGGAAGUGUUAUUGAAAGCGUAGGAGACAUGUCUGGUUCAAGUAACUAUAAUGAAGCUAAGAUCAAAGUCAUUGGUGUUGGAGGUGGUGGUUCAAAUGCGGUUAAUCGCAUGAUUGAGAGCACAAUGAAGGGUGUAGAGUUCUGGAUUGUUAACACUGAUGUUCAAGCCAUGAAAAUGUCACCUGUCUUUCCUGAGCACCGCUUGCAAAUUGGUUUGGAGCUAACUAGGGGUCUUGGUGCUGGUGGGAACCCAGAGAUUGGCAUGAAUGCUGCCAAAGAAAGCAAGGAGUCAAUAGAAGAGGCCCUUUAUGGUUCUGAUAUGGUAUUUGUUACUGCUGGAAUGGGUGGUGGGACUGGAACUGGUGGAGCUCCUGUAAUUGCGGGGGUUGCAAAGUCAAUGGGUAUAUUGACUGUUGGUAUUGUCACUACGCCUUUUUCUUUUGAGGGAAGAAGGAGAGCUGUUCAAGCACAGGAAGGAAUUGCAGCUCUAAGAGAAAAUGUUGACACAUUAAUUGUUAUUCCAAAUGACAAGUUGUUGACUGCAGUUUCCUCGUCUACUCCAGUAACAGAAGCAUUUAAUCUGGCUGAUGAUAUUCUUCGACAAGGAGUUCGUGGUAUCUCCGAUAUAAUUACGAUUCCAGGGCUAGUGAAUGUGGAUUUUGCUGAUGUGAGAACUAUAAUGGCAAAUGCUGGUUCUUCACUGAUGGGAAUAGGAACUGCAACUGGUAAAACAAGAGCAAGAGAUGCUGCACUCAAUGCCAUCCAAUCACCUUUGUUAGAUAUUGGCAUAGAAAGGGCUACUGGAAUUGUCUGGAACAUAACUGGUGGAAGUGAUUUAACCUUGUUUGAGGUUAAUGCUGCCGCUGAGGUGAUAUAUGAUCUUGUGGAUCCAGCUGCCAAUUUAAUAUUUGGAGCAGUGAUAGAUCCAUCAAUUAGUGGCCAAGUAAGUAUAACUCUAAUCGCCACGGGAUUUAAACGUCAAGAAGAAAGCGAAGGGAGGCCCCCUCAGGUGAGUCAGGUAGCACAGGGAGAUACUGGUCAUGGAACUAACCGGUGGCUGUCUUUCGGUGAAGGCAGUUCUGUUGAUGUCCCGGAGUUCCUGAAGAAGAAAGGACGGUCACGCCAUCCGAGAGCUUGAUGGUUCUUUUGCAUAAUGUCUCAACUCAAUCUGAGAUUCCUGCUCUGCUUGAUAUGUAGAGUAUAUUUCUGAUUAGGUUAGAGCAGAAGUUGCUUGUGUUGAGUAAACUUGAGUAGCUUGUACAGAGUGCCUUUGUUGAGAAAGUAAAGAUGAGAUUAUUCAGUGUUUUCUUUUUAUCCAAUGGUGAAGUUAAUUUUGUCAA